AUGGAGAUCCCGCCGUCGGUGGAGUCGACGAUUCGGAUGGGCCCCGACGUGAAGUGCUGGGACCAACGCACGUGGCCCACGCUGAUGGCUGGUGUCGACGACGCUGUGUCGAUCGGCGACGGGGCCGUGCAGCCCUCGAGAGAUCUCCUCGCCGACGGGCUCUCGCCGCCCGCUGCUGCCGGCGGCUCGGCCGCGGCGGGUCUCUGGGCGUGCUCGCCGCCGCUGCGGCGCAGCCCUGCCCACGGUGCAGCCCUGGGCAUCAGCGGGACCAGCCGUGUGGCGGUCAGCAGAGGCGAGGGAGUGGCCAAGCAGCGUGCGAAGGGGAGCCUCGACGCUUCUCCCGGCACUCUGCCAGGAUGUCGGCACGGCUUCCGCGCCCCCUGGAUCAUUCUCACGGGCUUGUGCGCACAGGCCCAGCUUGUUCCGGACAGGAUGUGCCUCCCUCGUCCGUCCUUCCUCCCUCUCCCCCUCCUCCCCUGA